CACAAAUGACUGCCGUGUGAUCCGUGUGAACCAUGUGCUCGACCCGGACUUCUCUGGAUAUCAUAUAAGUUUCUGUUUUCAUGACAAAAAGGACACGGAGAAAACAACAAAACGCGCGACAGUAGAUGCCGAGAUGGAAAAAGGAAUUGUGAUUAAAGACGACUGGCCCGGUUACAGUCUGGACCUGUUCACUUACCCGGAACAUUACCAUGACGACAUUGAGUGUGUUUACAUCCCACAUGGAGUUGUCAUGAACAGAGUGGAGCGAAUGGCCACCUACAUCAAAGACGACUUUGGAGACAACAACAUCAUGGUGCUGUGCGUCCUGAAGGGAGGAUACAAGUUCUGCUCGGACCUGGUGGAGUUCAUCAAAAUUCUCGGCCGCAACUCCGACAAGUACCUGGAGACCCGGGUGGAGUUCAUCCGUCUGAAGAGCUACAUGAAUGACCAAUCAACAGAGGACCUUCACAUAAUAGGGAGCAGAGAUCUGUCUUUUCUGCGUGGAAAGUGUGUGCUUAUUGUUGAGGCCAUCAUUGACACAGGAAAGACCAUGAAGGCCCUUCGGAAGCAUGUGGAGACCUUUGAACCCAAGAUGGUCAAGGUCGCGGGUCUGCUGGUGAAGAGGGUCCCCAACAUGGCUGAGCAUUUAACAGACUACGUCGGCUUCGAAAUCCCCAACCGCUUUGUUGUCGGCUAUGCCCUGGACUACAAUGAAUACUUCCGUGACCUGAAUCAUAUCUGUGUCAUCAGCAAGACUGGGAAGAUGAAGUACAAGGUUUGAUUACACACAACUGAGCAGCACAGGAUUUAAAUGUGCUUCACUCCACGUAUUUGUAUGUAAUUUGUAAGAGAUGAAGGUGAAAAAAUAAACAAAGGAAUAUUCGG